UGAGUGUUCCGUGAAAACCGAAUUUGAUACUUAUAUUUACUUAAUUGUCAAAAAGCUCUGCAGAUUUUUGAAGAAUUAUAGUUUGUUUUUUUAUUUCUUUAAAUUAAUUUUCAUUAUAUAAGGAUUAUUAUAAUUUUUAUAAUAUGUAGUUAGUGUUAGUUUUUAUAUAUAAUUGUAUUUUUUUUUGUAGUGAUAGUGUUUAUUGCUGUAAAUAUACUUAAGUUACCUGUAUUGGCUAGCAUUUAUGAACGCAUCUAUAGACUCUGGGGAGACAACGGCCAGUGGAUACCCUUAAACCCCCUAAGGUAUAGGUUGACUCUUCAUCUACUGCCUUAAGUAGAACUUUGUUCAAUUCUGUGCAUAAUUAACCUACCUAUCUUUUGAGACUGGAUUCAUACCUAAUAUACUAGACAUUGAACAUAAUUUUUUAGAAUGGAAGAUGUCAGAAGAUGACAUAAAUGAUUAUGUACCAUCAUUUCUAAAUCCCAGAGUUGUAAAAAAGGAAGCAGCAAAUAUCAACCUUACGCAGAAUUCUGUGAUCAGUCGCUGUUCCUUGUCAUUGAAAAGGAAUAAAGAAUUAUCAAAAUGUAUGACAAGAUUUCACAACAAGUCUUUACCAAAGAACAAAGAAAAUUCACAAAAUUUACAAAAUUUUAUUGGAUGUACAGUAGUAAGAUCAGCUAAGAAUUUGAAUAGAUGCAAUAAUGAAGAUAUUGAGAGUAUUGAAGUUUCAGCUAUUCAAGAUUUGAAUACUCUAAAAAAUAUCAGUGAUUCAAGUAACGUAACUCUAGAUAUUGGCACACUGCUGUCAAAUAAUAUUAAUGAAAAAAUAAAUAAUGAAUCUCUUAUCUCAGUUUCCUCAGCCACUGACUUAAAAGAAUCUCAAACAAGGUCAGAAAGCAAUACUACUGUACUUUAUGAGUAUAACAAUCCUAUUGUUAAUGUAUCAUUUGGUGUAACAAACUGCAAAUGUGUUGAAGUCAGUACAAAUAAUAGUAAUAUCAAGAGAAUUGUGGUAACACAUGACAAUAAUGACACUAAAGUUGAUUGUGAAGUUAUUGAAAAUUCUCAAUUAUCUCUUGAAACUGAUUUGGACGAAAAUAAGAUUGAAACUCUUUUACCUAGUCCACCGAAAAAGCUUGCCGUAACUGUCAACUUAGACAUUAAAAAGAAUAUAAUGUCACGUGACACAGAAGAGAACUCAAAAGUUCUUAUUUUAAAUACUGAUGCCAUUGAGAAACUGUCUCAUGUCAUUGUUCAACCACCAAAUUACAAAUUAGUGAAACGGAAAAUUUUGGAUCCCAGGAAAUUUCUAAACAGUGUCAAAAAAAAACCUGUCUUAAGAUCUACUAUAAAGAAUGGAAAAACUGUGAGCAAAGGUCAUUUGAGAUAUAAACCAAUUGAAUCUUAUUUCAAUAAGGCAGAUAUUUUGAGAACAAAUAAAAUAUCUGAAAGUAGAACUGCUACAAUACCUUUUCAUCGCAUUGAUAUUGGUGACAGUUUAAUUCGUAAUGAAGCGCAAGACAUGAGCAAGACUUUAGGUGACAUUGACGUCGGUAAAUUCGAUCGAGGAAAGUCUUGCAAAAGCAAGAAGGAUAAUGAAUCUCCAAGAUCAGUUAGAGUAACGUCUUCCAGAAGGGAAAAUGAAUCUCCUAAAGGACAAGCUAUUAAAACAUGUAAUUCUGAUGCACCACGUGUACCAUCACCCAAAGAAAGAGACAGUAUGAGUUUGCACUCUCCAAGAAAAACUGUAGAAUCACUACAGUUCAGUUUACCUUCAAAAACGAAGUCUAAUAAAACAUCAGUAGUAUCUAGAAGUAUCCCACAUCAUAAAAUUGUUGCAGGAACACAUUUUGCUGUAGAUGCAUUUUCAUAUGGAGAAAUACCUAACGUUAAACAUUAUUUCUUAACUCAUUUCCACUCGGAUCAUUAUUCUGGCCUCAAGAAAAGCUUUAAUAAAUUAUUGUUCUGUUCUAAAAUAACUGCGGAUUUAUGCAUAUCACGAUUGGGUGUUAGUCCAAAAUAUAUUCAUGUUAUAAAUCCUGGUGAGACUAUACGCGUGGAAAGUGUUGAAGUGACAGUCUUGGAUGCUAACCAUUGUCCUGGAGCUAUUAUGUUAGUGUUCACAUUACCCAAUGGGAAGACGCUGUUACACUGUGGAGACUUUAGGGCGUGUCCAGCUAUGGAGUCAUACCCCAUAUUUUGGAAUAAAGACAUUCAUACGAUAUAUCUAGACACCACUUACUGCAAUCCUCGGUAUAACUUCCCCACACAAGAUCAAAGUUUGGAGAUGGCUGUAAACUUGUUGCGCCAGAAGAAACUGGCACUCGAGAAGGACGGGAAGUCGUUUUCGUCUGUUCUUAUUGUCUGCGGCACUUAUACUAUAGGCAAAGAAAAGUUUUUCUUGGGCAUGGCAAAGCGAGUUGGAUGUUCAGUGUGGGCGUUCCCCGAGAAGGACCGGGUGCUGCAAGCUGUAGAAGGACGCAGUUUUAGCCAAUCGCCCCCACAAUCCUGCCAGUUACAUGUUUUAGCUAUGCGCGACUUGACACAUGAGAAACUACGAAGUCACUUAGAUAGUCUUCAAGGUGCAUUUACUGAAGUGGUGGCAUUUAAGCCCAGCGGCUGGGAGAACAGCAAGAACUCUACAGUCGAGAAAGAUAUGGUCACAAUUCAUGGUAUACCGUACAGUGAACAUUCUAGUUUCUCGGAAAUGAUACGUUUCGUAAAAUUCUUAAUGCCAAAGCAAGUGGUGCCUACUGUCGAUAUUUCUGGAGGAAUUAAAGCGGUGCAGAAAUAUUUUCCCUGUCCAUUGAUUUACAAAGAUGACCCCCAAUCUCAGAGCAAAGUGACAGAUUUCUUCAGCAUACAGAGCAAACAACGGGUUUCUGCUGUCACUUGAAUAUACAAUAAACUGCAUACUUUUAUUAUAAGCUGCUAUUGCGUGACUGUGAUGUAACUAUUUUUUGAUAAUUUUGAAUAUUAUAUUGAUCGUUGUAUAAUAAAAAUUGUUGAAACUA